UAAAAAUUACCUAGGAAAUGGCAACAGGCGGUGAUAAUAGCCGUUUGUGGAUCACUUGCAAUCCAGCUUCAUGUUCUGAAGAGGAGCAGCCACUGCCAAGCCAAGUUCCAGCGACAGAACCAUCACGGGAUUCUUCCUCCUGCCUCAGUGCUGCAGAAUGGUCGCUGAGACGUUAUGGCCGAUUCAUGCCGGGGGCCUUGGGCACUGGCUCAGGCUCCUGGGAGGUUUUGGAGUCCAACAAAGAAUCUGGACGUCUUGUUCUCACCAUAGUUAUUUCAGGCCAUUUCUUCAUUUCCAGAGGAAAGGAAGUAAUGGAAGGUUUUUCAUUAAUUGAUGCUUCUCAAUGGCUGAAGAUAGUAAGAAGUGCAGAUUGCAUGUUGUUUGGUUCAAAGUCAAAGAAUAAACACCGUAUGUUUCGUGUUCAAUUUAUGGGAGAUUCCAAAACAGAGGCCGAGGAGCACUGCUGUAACUGUGUGCAGAAGCUUGCUGACUAUGUUCCAGUCCAAGUAAUGGAUGGAGCAAGACAGGAGCUGCAACAAGAUCACAGCCUGCUGCUUGGUGAAGAAACUCAGCUGAAAGAUGCUGAGCAAAAUGUUCCAAUGCAACCCGCUGAUGAAAAUCUACUUCGAGCACAAGGAAGAGUAUCUGUUUCAGAGCUAGCACAGUAUGUACUGACAACAAAUGCUGAACUUCCCUUUGCAUAUCGAUAUUCCACAUGGAAUGCUGAAGAUUUAGGAAGCUUCAUUCGCUUGUGUCUCUUGGAUCAGAGCUUCCCAACAUUUGUGGAAGAAGUGGAGAAGCAAUUGAAAAAAAUUACAGAUUGUUAGGAAGCAAAGCAUUAAAACAGGAAUGUAGUAUUGCAAGUAAAUACCUCAAGUAUAAUCUGAGAAAG